AGUGAGUGAGAGAGAGAGAGAGAGAGAGAGAGAGAGAGAGAGAGAGAGAGAGAGAGAGGGGGGAAAACUCGGUUCUCGGUAUCACACUCGACAGAGCCAGGUUACUGUUUAUCCUGCUGCACCUGAGGACUCUUUAUUUCAUCACAGAAAUGCAGGAGGAUGGGAAGAUAGUGGAUGGUGGACUGCUGUGUGAUGCUAACGGUGUGGGUUCGGGCUCUGGGAGGCAGAAGGACAGUGGGAAAUGGCAGAGGCCACGGUUCACCAGGAAGGCCCUGAUGAGGUGCUGCCUUCUUCGCUGGAUCGUCGCCAGCACCAGCCCCAAAGAGCAGGACGGUGAGCAUAAUCACGACAGCAGCGACAGUGACUUGGAGCUGGCCACCGUCAGGCACCAACCCGAGGGCCUGGAGCAGCUUCAGGCUCAGACCAAGUUCACCCGCAAGGAGCUGCAGUCGCUCUACAGGGGCUUCAAAAACGAAUGCCCGAGUGGCCUGGUCGAUGAGGAAACUUUCAAGACCAUCUACUCUCAGUUUUUUCCCCAAGGAGACGCCACCACAUACGCUCACUUCCUGUUUAACGCUUUCGAUCUGGACAGAAACGGCUCCAUUCGCUUCGAGGACUUUGUGAUCGGCCUGUCUGUGCUCCUGAGGGGUUCCGUCACAGAGAAACUCAACUGGGCCUUCAACCUGUACGACAUCAACAAAGACGGCUACAUCACCAAAGAGGAAAUGCUGCUGAUCAUGAAAUCUAUCUACGAUAUGAUGGGCAGAUACACUUACCCCAGCGUACGAGACGAAGCGCCGUCUGAACACGUGGAGAAGUUUUUUCAGAAAAUGGACAGAAAUCAAGACGGCGUGGUGACAAUCGAGGAGUUCAUCGAGACGUGUCAGAAGGACGAAAACAUCAUGAGCUCCAUGCAACUCUUCGAGAAUGUGAUAUAAAGAUAUAAAGCAGACCAACAACAAUGACAACAACAACAACAAAAAAAACUCCUUGGGAAAAAAUAAAAACACUCCUUCAUUGUUCCAAAUCUUCUCACAGAAAGCCAGGAGCACAGCAUCCGGCACUCCAACUGGCACCAAUAAAGACAGCACACAGGGGGUAAAAUGGCCAAGGAGGGGGAGGGGGGAGGGGGUAUUACUGCACGGCACUAUGUAUACGAAGAAAAAAAAAACGGAUGAGAUCAGAUCUUCGUUUUCAUCGGUUCUGCUCCCUGCUCCAGUCCGAACAGAUCAUGUGGAUCGUCAUGUAGUCAACGCUGUUCCUACAACGACCACCAGGGGGCGUCAAACACUCAAAGAAGCACAAGGGAGGGAUAGGAUGGGGAAAAGCACCAUAAAAAAGAGACUAAGACAAAAAUAAUCAAACUUAAGCAUGCUCAUCCGAAAGGACGUGUGAUUUUUCGUGGUUUGCUUGCACUGAGAAUUACAAAGUUGUACAUUUCCUUCUUUUUGUUGGAGGGCCAGUAUAUUUCUCCUGAAACGCACACACACACACACACACACACACACACACACACACACACACACACACACACACACAUUACAGGACUCAUAUGUAUAGCGUGACGUAGCGUAACUUCUAAUUUCAGCUUGAAUCUUUAUUGCACUGAUCAUCAACGAGGGAUCUAAGGUGACAUAUCAGGCCACGGUUUUGGCUUUUUUCUUCUUCUUCCAAACAAAAUAAUAACGUGUGUUAAGUAUUUUCAAGUUUUGUUUAGUGAUAUUCAGAUUAAAUUCAGGGUGUGAGGGCGGCAGGGUGUUGUGAGAAGAAUGAACUUUAUUAUAAUUCGAACCCACACAUGCAGCGAUGUAAAUGUGUUCAUAUUAUUUAUUCUGUUUCGUUUGAUAAAGAAUAUUAUCUUAUGUUGUUCUGAUGAAUAAAGAUGCACUUCUCUUAAUCCGA